AUGAAGUACCAUUCCACAAGGGGUUCUCCUAAACUUCUAUCGUUCUCGGAAGCGGUCUUGGUGGGUUUAGCAGAGGAUGGAGGCCUUUUCAUUCCACAGACCAUUCCAACUCUUCCUCCGAAAUGGCGAUCAGAAUGGUCGGGACGUUCCUUUAAUUCGUUAGCUCUGGAGAUUUUUUCCCUUUAUAUAGCUGAAAGUGAAAUUCCUCGUGCUGAUUUAGAAUCAUUAAUCACCAAAUCUUAUUCAGUCUUUAAGAGCGAAAAAGAUGUGGCGCUGCAGUUUUUAGGAAAUCUAUUCGAAUAUUUGUUGGAAAAAAGGAACGAGGAAAAGUCGCGUGGAGAAGAUCAGAAAGAAAGGAUUACUAUUCUCGGUGCCACCAGCGGAGAUACUGGAAGUGCCGCGAUUUAUGGGUUGAGAGGCAAGAAGGACAUUUCUGUAUUCAUUCUUCAUCCUCGAGGGAAGGUUUCACCUAUUCAGGAAGCUCAGAUGACAACAAUUUUGGAUAGGAAUGCCAUUGUUAAAACUCUUUUUUCAGAUGUUCCGUUCAACCAAAAGAAUCACCUGGGUGCUAUUAAUUCGAUAAAUUGGGCAAGAAUUUUAGCACAAAUCGUAUACUACUUUCAUUCUUAUUUUGAAUUAUUGUCGUCAUUGGGUAUUUCCCCAAAUUCACCCGAAUCAUUUGAUAUACAUCUGCAAUACGUUGUGCCGACGGGUAAUUUUGGUGAUGUGUUAGCGGGGUACUAUGCUAAACGUAUGGGGUUGCCUAUUGAAAAGUUGAUUGUGUCAACCAACUCGAAUGACAUCCUGGAUAGGUUUUUCAAAUCGGGUAGAUACGAAAAAGUGACCGGUGAAGAUGGUCGACACGUAGUGCACGAGACUCUAAGCCCCGCAAUGGACAUAAUCGUUUCUAGCAAUUUUGAAAGAUUGCUAUGGUAUUUAGCAUACGAGACCAUCGAUAAUCCAGAGGUGUUAAACAAGGAAGAGAGGAGAUCAAAUCUUGCCGGUUCAAUUGUGGACCAGUGGAUGAAAAAUUUAAAGACAGAAAAUCGACUGGUUGUUAAUAAGUCACAAUUGGAAAUAGCUUUACGGGAUUUCGGAAGCGCCAAGGUUACGGACAAAGAGACUAUGGACACAAUCAGUCGUUUUUAUUCGCCUCAAGACAACAAAAACCAAAUUUCAUAUAUUUUGGAUCCGCACACCGCAGUUGGUGUGGCGGUCGCGGAACGUCAGGUCAUACCAAAAGGCACCUAUCAAAUUUGUCUUGCCACAGCACAUCCGGCAAAAUUCUCUUCGGCUGUCAUGGAUUCACUAAAUAAUUUUAAGGGAUUUGAAUUCGACGAAAUCUUGCCCGAAGAAUUUGUCGGGCUACUGGAGAAAGAGAAAAAAAUUAUACAUGUCGAACGGGCAGAUCCUGAACUGGUCAAACAAGUUAUUGAAAAGGAAUUGGAAAUUGAACUUGGUCACAUCUGA